GUUCUUUCAAAAAAAGUAUGUGCCCAACCGCGCCGUUUUGUACGCGAGAGUUUUGUUAGUGUUAAUAUAUUUUAAAGUGUUUGGGCGAAGCUGAUAGAAAGUCUGGUCGUCCCUUCUACUAUUUCAAGUUGUUUCUACUGUUAAAGAUUUGACCAAAAAAUAAAAAAAUGGGAGCCAGUGAGAGUAAGAUUUCUACGAGGCCCGCUGCCAACACAGAUGUGCCUGUCAAAAACUCCUGGGUUUCCCAGCUAAUUGAUCCACGUUCCCCAUCAGUGGCCAUUAAUCGAACACCCAUUCAGGUUGGCAGAGUUAAAGCGGGCCACGAGGUGAGCGAGUGUCCUUCCGUUGGGGGUGAUCCACGCUCGCCCACUGUGGGCAUUGUUCGCACGCCUAUGAGAGAAGUUAUGAGAGCCAAGGUCGGCACCCUAGCUCGUCGUCUGGGCAUGUUGUUCCACACGGAAGCUGAAGGGAAAGCCCCCCGAGAAGAACACGGGGACGUCCUCAAGAGCGAGGAGCCGGAUUCUACAGACCCUCUCCUGAGUCCUCAAAGUCUGCGUGCAUUCGACUCUUUAUCUGAAAGUGCCGCCCUCGUGGCCGAUCCGGUCCAAAAUGAGGACUCUGCUCGCAGCCCCUUCGAGCUGUUGGCCGAGCCUCAGAUGGAGGUGGAGAUUGAAACAGAUAACCUUAGCCUGGAGGAGGCGGAAGAGGCACGGGAAUCACCGUUCCACAAGAGGUUGAGCAUGAGCCUCAUCACGUGCCACGAGGGAAUGCCGUCCCCCCAGAUCCUUGCCGAGGUGCACCGGGACGCUGAAGUGGAAACUGUACACAACGGCGUGGACCACCUCUACGCUCUUCCCGCCCUUACGGUCAAGCCCACUGGGAACUCCUCGGACCCACCCUCGGAACCCUUAGAGGAAGUGGCAAAGGAGCUUCCGGCCAGGCCACACCGCCUCACCCUCGACGUCAAGAGUCCGAGUCAGGUGGUGUUUAAGCCGCAGUGGCUGGGUAAAGGCUUCGGGGCCACCGGGCUCAGAGCCAGAGCGGUGCAAGGCGCCAAAGGGGGUGCGUCGCCACUCGCCGUGUCUGUGGCGGUUAAGAAUGUCAACAGUGAGAACAAAGUGAAUUCAGGGAAGAAAAAGCAAAAAGAAGGCCGCUCCCCACUCCAGAUUCUGAAGGAGACAAACUCUGCCAGGGGACAGCCUCAGAUGAAGCUGAAGGGUUCCACCCCAGAAAGACCUCGGCUCGGACAGAUGGAACACAGACAUUUGGCAGUGUCUCUGAACAAGGAAAAUUGAUGGGAAUGAUGCAUUUUAAAAAGAAAAUGUACAUAUUUUCAAUUUUUAAGUUGUUUCUUUUAUGUGUACAGUUUUCCAAAAUUGUCUGUUCUCUCCUUUUCUUCCUCUUCCUUUAUUAGCUGGUGGAUUUUCUUUACCAGUGUAGUCGUUUCUGUACAUUUAUGAAUAAAAUUGUUAAACCUGCAAUUGUUUUUCAAGUUGU